GUGCUGAGGGGGCGCGGCGCUGCGGGGCGCGGAGCCGGGCGGUCCGGGGCCCCAGAGAGCGCGGCGGCCGGGAGCCCGUCGGCCCCUCUGACAGCCGCCAGUGCCCCCGCGGCCGACGCUUCCGACGACGAGGGCACCGGUCAUGGCGGAGCAGCCGAGCCAGCGCGGGUCCUGAGCAGCAGCACGCAUGGAGCGGGACGAACGGCCGCCGAGCGGAGGGGGAGGCGGCGGGGGCUCGGCGGGGUUCCUGGAGCCGCCCGCCGCGCUCCCUCCGCCGCCGCGCAACGGUUUCUGUCAGGAUGAAUUGGCAGAGCUCGAUCCAGGCACUAAUGAUCGGGCUGAACAACGAACCUGCCUCAUUUGUGGGGACCGCGCUACAGGCUUGCACUAUGGAAUCAUCUCCUGCGAAGGUUGCAAAGGGUUUUUCAAGCGGAGCAUUUGCAACAAACGGGUAUAUCGAUGCAGUCGUGACAAGAACUGUGUCAUGUCUCGGAAGCAGAGGAACAGGUGCCAGUACUGCCGUCUGCUGAAAUGCCUGCAGAUGGGGAUGAACCGGAAGGCUAUCAGAGAAGAUGGAAUGCCUGGAGGCCGGAAUAAGAGCAUUGGGCCAGUCCAGAUAUCCGAAGAAGAGAUUGAGAGGAUCAUGUCUGGGCAGGAAUUUGAGGAAGAGGCCAAUCACUGGAGCAACCAUGGUGACAGCGACCACAGCUCCCCUGGGAACAGGGCCUCAGAGAGCAACCAGCCUUCACCAGGAUCCACACUGUCCUCCAGGUCUGUGGAACUAAAUGGAUUCAUGGCAUUCAGAGAGCAGUAUGUGGGGAUGUCUGUACCGCCACAUUAUCAGUACAUACCGCACCUUUUUAGCUAUUCUGGCCACUCACCGCUUCUGCCCCCACAAGCUCGGAGCCUUGAUCCGCAGUCAUACAGUCUGAUUCACCAGCUGGUGUCAGCUGAGGACCUGGAGCCACUGGGCACACCCAUGUUGAUUGAAGAUGGAUAUGCUGUGACCCAAGCAGAGCUCUUUGCCCUGCUCUGCCGCCUGGCUGACGAGCUGCUCUUUAGGCAGAUUGCCUGGAUCAAGAAACUGCCUUUCUUCUGCGAGCUCUCAAUCAAGGAUUACACGUGCCUCUUGAGUUCCACGUGGCAAGAACUAAUCCUGCUCUCCUCCCUCACCGUUUACAGCAAGCAGAUCUUUGGGGAGCUGGCUGAUGUCACUGCCAAGUAUUCACCCUCUGAUGAAGAACUACACAGAUUUAGUGACGAAGGAAUGGAGGUGAUCGAGCGGCUCAUCUACCUGUAUCACAAGUUCCAUCAGCUAAAGGUCAGCAACGAGGAGUAUGCUUGCAUGAAAGCAAUUAACUUCCUCAAUCAAGAUAUCAGAGGUCUGACCAGCGCCUCACAGCUGGAGCAGUUGAACAAACGAUACUGGUACAUUUGCCAGGAUUUCACUGAGUAUAAGUACACACACCAGCCGAAUCGUUUCCCAGAUCUCAUGAUGUGCUUACCUGAGAUUCGCUAUAUUGCAGGAAAGAUGGUGAAUGUGCCCCUAGAGCAGCUGCCCCUGCUCUUUAAAGUGGUGCUGCAUUCCUGCAAGACAAGCGUGAGCAAGGAGUGACCUGUUGCAGUGCCCUCCUAAGACCGGACGUGGCACACUGGAUGGGCAGCAAAGCUCCGGGAGAAAGAGCCAGAGACCAAGAUAAGGCUGUGGAGCAGCGUUUCCAGUUGCCUCCAUGGCAAGAAAAAUAUUUGUUUGUGUGUCUGUUUUAGCCUCAUUUUUCUAUAUAUUUAUUUCACGACAGAGUUGAAUGUAUGGCCUCCAACACGACGCACAUGUUCUGUGUGAGUGCAGCAGAUGCAUUUCCUUGCAGUCGGCAGACUGUGAAGAC